AUGUACGUAAACGCCCUCACAUUCCCUCUGGCAGUAGCCAUCUUUCUAGUUGGACUUGCCAUACUACCCGGCAUGCUAGCAGAAGAUGGAAUGGAACUCACACAUGACGAACAGCCCCUUAAUGCUAUGGAGAUCAGAAGCCCACAAGAUGAACAGAUUGACCUACGAUAUCUUCUCCAGAACUUCCUUGACAACCGCGAUACUCGAUCAUGGAGCCCCCUUAGGAAUUCGAAACAAUGCAUUGGUGAUAAGUGCCGAUAUGCCUGGAAACGAGGAUUCGAGACCCCUGCAUCAUCCAGGAUAAACUCCCGGGGAGCUCCUGCGUGGGCUACGUCUCAGUUCAGCAACGGCGGCUGCAGCGGCUCCUCCUGUUUAACCGGUUGGAAGCGAGGCUUUAGAGUUCUCCCGCAGCUAAAUGACGACGACAAUUAGGGAAAUCAACAGCUAAAAACCUGAACUCUAGCAAACAGAAUUAACUAUUUUAUCCCUUGUAGAAACUCCGGAUCACACUAGAAAAGUGAAUUUUCUUUGUAUUUUCUUUUCAUUUCCUCGUCUAAUCUUCAGUUAUGAUGUCGUUCUUCUAAUUUGAAUUGAUUCACGUAUCUGUAAAUAUGCAAAGAUUUAGGAAUUAGAGUGCAAUAGGACUCGAAAUCCCUCUAUUUAAUCAUUCUUAUAUUCUCACAAAAGUGUUUACUAAUUUCUUCCAAAAUGCUUUGUUCCUUCGAACACUGUCCUGAUGUUAUAUCAACUGUAGUUUAUUAAUGUUGUCUUCAUCAUGUUCAUGUAGACCCGUUUUCCACAGUGAGACCAAUAUUUCCCCCUCAGAGCCAUGUCUGCCAUCUACCUAAGCAUUUAUUUUGAGUUCAUUGACGAGGUUUCAAAAGGACAUCAUGAGUAUUAAACUGCGAACUACCCAAGACAAACUAUUCCUCACAACUACCAAGCUGCAUUCGUGAGUUCGUGAAUAUAUGCUAAAUAUAUCUCAGAAUAACUAAGUAACAUCCAAAUAAAGAAGAAACCAUGUAAGUUUAUGGCAAUAUCGUGAUAAAGUUGCACUGAUACCAGAUAAUGCUAUUAUUCAUUUACGUCCUUACCGGUUCUGUAUGAAUGUUUCCAUGUUAGCGAAUAUGUUUUGUAUGUUGGUUUUUAGUGUUACCCCAUAAUCGGGUCAUUUCCUGGAAAUAACUUGAUUACGUGAUUCUUAGAGGUCUUUCUUCUACUCCGAGGGGUGCCUCAUAUUGACCAGCCAUGCGGGACGACGUGUUUUGCUCAUGAGCCAAUCGACAUUAAUAAUACAUUACUUAGAUCUUGUUGGAAGUAUGUGGCUCAGUCACGAAGUGUAAUUAAACAACGUUCAUCAAUAUGAAUUCAAAAAGGAUCAUUUCCCCCAUGUGCUUUUUCUCACACCGUUGAGUGUUUUAGGUCUGAAAAUCGUGAACAAUCCAACACUUGGCAUGGAUACAUAUUGAAAUGCAUUUUAGUCAAGGAGUAAGAUCGAACACUUAUGGGAUUACAAACCAAGAUGCAUUACAUUAUCCCUAGUGCAAGUAGACGCAGCAGUUUACCCCCUUCGUGUUGUCUAAAAGUAUUUGUAAUAAUUAUGUUAAACCUUAUUGAAUUUCCUCCUGCAAGCUUCGAUAAAAUGUAAGCUUCUUUAUCCGUCGUGUAAUACUGCAAGACAAAUUGAUACAUUUUAGUAAGGAGACAAUGAUUCCUCAGUUAACCUGUGACGAACCAAUCAGAGACGCGAACAGUUGACCACAAAAAUUAUAGACGCAACAAUACCAGCUAGCUGGUUUUGUCAUCUUACGUGGCGCCUUUGUAUACUGCUCAGCUAUUGGUUGAUACCAAUCGGGUCACGUGACAAGAGCCCAGUAAGCAGUUCAACACAGGUUGAUGUCAAUGUUUUUGAUUUAUUAAGGUGACAUGUCAAAAGUAGCACUACCAAAUUCAGCAAUGUGCGUAUUCGAGCGUUUGUCUCUGCAAUCCUUGCUUGUUAAAUUAAUAGCAUGUAAGAAUUAAAUAUUUAAUGACAAAAAUAACUUAUAUUUAAUUUUUUUAAAUCGUAAUUUAGUGGGGUCUCAUCUAAGAAUAUAAUAUUGGAAGGUUAUUGAUUCUUUCAACUAGUUAAAAAGGGGUUGCAAGAUGUGAUGCAUUGUCAAAUGUGUAAAUUAUAGGGCUUCAAUAAUUCAAUACAAAUUGCAACCAAAAUUCAUUCUGGAUUAUGCGUCUCGUAUAGUGUUUCACUAAGCAUUAAUAAACGUUAGAUUUUCGUGAAUUGUA